UAAUUAUCUGCGAUUCCUUAUUACCUACGGAUCGUAAACUUGACCUUUGGUUUUAUUAUGUUAUAUUUGUGUCGAGAUACAACCGCGUUGGACGCGCAUCGCGUGUCAAAUCGUGAAUCAGUUUUUAUUUUACUGUAAUUGUUAUUGCUAAAAGACGUUGAUAUGAUUGGAGUAUCAUUCUUCAUUCUAGUCACAGCACUAGUAGCUUCUACAUUAGAAGAAGACCUCCCACUGUCGCCUUGCCCAAAUGUAUUUCAGUAUGAACAAACUGGCUUCGAAGCUGGACAGUGGUAUGGUGUUGUCAAUCUGUCCACAGAUAGCACUCUCCACUCCUUGUGGUUAAAUAUUGUCUUAGACACUAAGGCAAAUAUAUUAGGAAACUGGAUCGGAGAUGUAUCUACUACAGACAAUAUUGACUUCAAAGUGGAGAACACAAAUAUGAAGAUCCACCCAGGACCGGCCGUGGCCGUUAGGUUUUUCGUGCGCUAUGACAAAUUGGGCAAAACACCCAAAUUGCAAGCGAUUCGGCUUAACGGCAGGGAAAUUUGUAACGCUAAUAAUCCCCAACCAGCUGUUGACAGGCCUGAUAUAGUUGUAUCGAGACCCGAGAACUCCAGACCUGUUGAUCGACCGGUCACAAGACCCACAGAAUCGCGGCAGGACACGAUCAGAGUUGAUCGACCGAGCGACCGCCCGGUGACAAGGCCCGAUAAUCGACAGACAGAGUCGAGCAGACCUAGGCAAGAAGAUAAAGUUAUUACUAAACCCGUGUUUGGAAGGCCGUCUGGAGACGGGCCCGUAUACGUACAACCACAGAAUCCCUCAUUAGAUGGUAGCAAUGCGAAUCCCUACAGCAUACUAAGUGGAGGGGUUCCCUCCCAGACCGUGACCCGGCGACCCACCUACCAGCUGACCACCUCGACCCACCGGACCACAACGAAUCGAGAUGAAGACGACAGCGGUAGUGACUCGGACUACUUCUCAGGUGGACGACCUACCGUCGUGCUCCAGGAGACGAACAACAACAACAAUGACAACAACGGGAACAGACGCGUCACUCGGGAUCAAUGUGGCACGGUUGUACGCAAUAAUCCGAACCCUUUAGUGGUGAAUGGAAAACCAACCCUGGAGGGACAGUGGCCUUGGCAGAUUGCAUUAUAUCAAACACAGACAGUUGACAACAAGUACAUAUGCGGCGGAACCCUGGUCUCCAACCUGCACGUGAUCACGGCAGCGCACUGCGUCACUCGCAAGGGCUCAUCCAGGAUAGUCAACAAGAAUACACUCACCGUGUACUUAGGGAAGCACAACCUCAGAACAUCUGUAGAAGGCGUGCAGAUUAGAUUGGUCGCAGAAAUCUCAGUGUAUCCCGAAUACAAUGCAACUUCAUUUAAUAAAGACUUCAGUGUACUAAAGCUUCGAGAGUCGGUCCAGUUUACGGAGUUCGUGAGGCCGGCUUGCUUGUGGCCAGAGAAUCAGAUUGCCCUGAGCAAUGUGAUUGGGAAAAAAGGCGCUGUUGUCGGAUGGGGAUUCGACGACACAGGCGUAGCCUCCGAAGAGCUGACUCUAGUUGAAAUGCCAAUUGUUGACCAAGAAACAUGUAUUAGAUCGUUCAGUGAAUUCUUUGCUAAAUUUACAUCCGACUAUACAUAUUGUGCAGGCUACAGGGACGGAUCUCCAGAUAAUUAUGACGAGACUAGUUACGGGAGAAAGCGAACAUCGGUCUGCAACGGCGACAGCGGUGGUGGCAUGGUGUUCAAGAUCCAAGGUAUCUGGUAUCUCCGCGGACUGGUGUCAUUAUCUGUGGCGCGCCACAACGAGUACCGGUGCGACCCGUCGCAUUACGUUAUAUUCACCGACUUAGCUAAAUUCUUGCCUUGGAUCAAACAGCACACAAACGAUGAUUAAGUUAAGCGCCAUCUUGUGGAUUGUAAUGUAAAAAAGUGACUGGUUAGAAUUAAAAUGGCGCUAAGAAUACAUUAUUAUUGAAUUUUAAUUCAUAUUCUAUUUUCAUUACGAAAUUUUAUAAUUUAUAAGGUAGGCGUAGCUUUGUGAUUUUGGAUAUAAUAUUGUUAGUAUAUGCCUUAAUAAUAUAUAAUAAGAUAUAGGCUUACCAUGAACUACCUAUUGACAUGACAAAUGAAAAUUAUGUUAGGAAAACAUAGUCAGUACUUUGUAUCAAAAUAUACAUAAUGUAUAUAAUGUCAAUAUUACAUUUAUUGGGGACUUGAAAAUAAUCAAAUUUAAUUACAUCUGGUAUUGCAGUUGUGAAGUAAUAAUCGGAAAACACACACAGUAACACUAUGUCUGAAUAUGCAGUUAUGCUUAAAAGGGCCCAGGGCUGUAAAAAAAGUUAAUAAGAACAUAUAGUAGUAAACGUAAACUUACAUAUUUGCGUAUAUAAGCAGCUGUAGUCCGAUUUAUAUCAAACAUGUGAAUGCAAAAAAAAAUAUUUAAUUCGUGCCAUGCAUGCAUACCCUUUUACUGCAGCCUCAGGCAAUAUUAAAAUUUGGGACGACACAUUUAAGGCCGGAAUAGAUACACAUGUCUUCAGCUUUCUUGCUCACUUGCAUACCAGCUUUGCCCGUGCCAGCUAUUGUGAUGUAUAUACACAUAGUGGCAUGCAUGGAUAUGGCAAGCAAAUAGAUCGCAAACAAUUUGAUUUUCUUGCAUGCAAUAUGAGGGAAGGGGACGCGGGGGGCUGCGGAACCGGCACCUGUGAACAGCUACGGGCAUGCCAGUUAUUGUCGAGUUGUCGUCUUAAGUCUUAAUGUUAUUUUCAAUAUAGUUUUCGCCGGGAUUGCACAUCGCAAUUUUUCUGGAAACAUUCUAAAAUGGUUCCUGUAAUCAUCUCUGUAUUCUUGUCGCAUUUCGAUAAUCAGUUAAGGACCUCUAAAUUCUCCCAUUUCUGGUAAUAAUUUAUAACUCAAAUCUGCCUUCUUUUUUUUUUCUGCAAGUAUGCCAGCUACAUUCAUGUGAAUACGUCAUGGAAAUAAAAGCAUGCAAGUACGCAAAUUGCAUGCAAGUACGCAAAUUGCAUGCAAGUACGCAAAUUGCAUGAAAGUUUAACUUGCAAAUGUAUUCACUGUUUGCACUUGUUUGUACCAUUAACUUGUAUGCAAGCUAUUUAUCUGUUUUACAGGCCAAAUAUGUAUUCCGGCCUUUUAAACAGCAUGUCACAUGUUCAAACGAUCUCAUGUUUAAACCUCUCGUAUUAUACAUUUUUUUCAUAAUCAAAGACUACCCUUAUUUUACAACUAAUUUUAUUUGAACGGCGAAAUUUACUUUAAAUAAUAUCAUUGUUAAUAUCACCUCAAGGAUUAUUGUUAUGUAUUAAAGUAUUUAUAAAUAUAUGACACCGAUACUUUGACAAUCUGAGUUAUGUUUAUGAUGUAUAGAGUCGACUUAAAGUUUCAUAUAACAUAUUUAUCUAUCAUAUUCUUGUAUUAAAUUAUUCUUUUUAUUUAUAUAAAAAUGUCAUCCAAAUAUAUCUAUAGAUACUAGGUACAAAUAUAAGUAAUAGUAUUUUUAAUUUACAAUUAAUAAGAAUGUUAUUUGUAAUUAAUAUCAGAUAGCACUGCAAUCAUUAUAGAAUAAAUUAGGUAUGUUGAUGUUUCUAAUUUAAAUCGUAAGUCGACUCUUAAGCAGAUGUACUCCUCGGAUGUUUUUUUUAUUAUUUUUAAUUGUUUUGUACAAUUCAACUAUGUAUUAUAAUAAAUGGAAUUAAAGAAAUUCAA